AUGCUGCUGUGUUUGUGCCGCGAUCGAUCACUGCAGUCAAGAAAAUCGAUGAAGAAGGAGCGUAUGCUCUCGAUCGUACAAAACUCUACAGACGCGCAACCGCGACAUGAAAAUACUGCUGCUUCGACCACGACGCCUGUAUCGAGUUUGUUGAGGCUAUUGGUAAAGCUAACGUCAGUGACGUUCGAGCGUACGGAGGGCGCUCCAGCUGUCGCGUUUGACGUAUCGAAAGAUGGUUUUGGAUGCCUACAAAUUCCCGAUGUUAACGUCCGCGUGAUUUCUCCAGUGGAAGCAGCAUCAGCAACUUCGUCGUCGCUACCAUCCUUUUCUCACAACUCCAAGAUAUGGCCGCCACCUGAUGGCUAUUCUGUGAUGGUAUGGUUUCGUGUGGAUUCAUUUGAGCGAAAAGACGAGCGUGAGAAGCUGUACCGUGAAUGCUUUUUGUCGAAUACUUGCAUUCAUUGCGGAGGUAUGGUACAGGACGAAUACGUAUUGAAAUGCUCCCACCGAGCAUGUCGAGGGUGCAUUGAGGCACUAUUGAAUUGUGGGGGAGAGUGUGCCGUAUGCAAUCCGCCGAUAUUUUAUCUUUUCCGACUUCGUUCGAUUGAUGGCAAGUCUGUUACGGAAGCGUUUAUUAAAGGGGGGAAGCUGUACAUGCGAACAAGUUCAAGCCGUGCAUCCGUCUACCAAUUCACGCACGCUCCCAUCAACACAAGGCAAUGGCACCAUGUCGUGAUUACUCACGCCAAACAGCGUUUCCAGUCGAGCAUGGUGUCUUGCUAUCUAAACGGAAUUCUACAGGAGAACGUGAAGAUUUCCUAUCCAUCCAGCAUCACGGGUAGCCAACCUUUAAGUGGUUUGGUUGGAAUACCAUCUCAAGCACGCCGGUGUUCCAGUGCAAAAUGGAUUCUGGGGCCAUUUUAUUUGCUAGACCUUCCUAUUUCAGCACCUGUAGUAAAUGCAGUGUUUGCGGCAGGUCCAUCGUAUGACAAAUUAUACUCAGGUGUAGCUGGAAACAACGAAAUCGGAGUCACGUAUGAUCAUUUACGCAUACCAAACAUGGUGAUGCUUGACUCGUAUCUGUGGGACCCGGUUCGGUCGCUUAUCGAUUCCGUCGACGUGGAGCGCGGUGGCCGCAACAAGCUUCUUCGUCGAAGUCUGUCGCUUGCUUCCGCGGCGUCAAGUACAGCGGCAGCCAUUGUCCAAGAUAUCAAGUCAAGUGCUAAUGUCUUUGCUCGUAUUCCCACCUCUGUGCCGAUGAUCCACAUUCCUGUUCCGUCCGAGCGAAUCGUGGUGGCUUAUUCUGCACGGAAUGCAGUUGAGAAAGAGUUGACCAUUGUUCCCAGCAGUAAGCUCGAUGGUCGUCCCACUGGCCAUUUGAUGGGAGGAACUAUCUUGCGCAAGGCUGCGACUAUGGUGGAUGCCAUGUUUAGCAUUAGCAAUUAUGGAUGUCAAUUCGCGUUUGGGUUACUUGACGAAGCCUCGACAGAAGAAGAAGUGGAGUUGGCUCUCGAGUUCCUGUGGCUUUCUAUGCGAAGCAACGCUCGAAACCUAGUGGGGAUGGAGAACGAUCAUGGGUAUGGGAUCAUGAAUUUUCUUCUGCAUGAAAAGGCACACUACUUGACCCCUAAAUGCUUGCAAAUUCUUUUCCGAAUCGUGGGGGUCGACAUUGAACUGGCAAAAGCACAAGUGCAGCGUGAGAGUGCUAUUCGUAAUAUGCAGGCACUCCAGUACUUUAUUCUGGACUAUUCUCUCUGGCAGAAAGCACCGGGGACGGCUACAGCAAAAUUGCUCUUUUCGACCCUUUAUUCAUGCUUAGCAGCGGAUGAUGAAUCUAUUCGCGAGCGCAACAGGACACAAUUGCAGUCGGUGAGUUUCGUUCGGCAAUUAUUGUACGUGCUGAUGGACCCGACGGUCACACUCGAUAUUUUACGCGUCAUCGUAGACGUGGUGUUAGUGUGUUUGACGAGCCCCACACGUGAAUCAACCCUUGAAUCGAAUUUCGCGGAUGUUACUAGCUUUCUUGCUGGCACGCUGUCUCCACGCUUUGGUUGUCAUUGGCGAGAAGUUAGCGAAGAAGAAAUCAGCCCGGAAUUCGUCACGUACACACUUGCCAGUCCAACAGGCAGGCUGUGCCUUAGUCCCCGAGGCUCCCAACGACUAGACGGUACUUUCUGGGAUGCAAAGGUACAACAUGGUCAGAAGGAAAAUCCAGGUCAGCCAAAACCCAGCGCACGCUUUGCAGUACACCAGUCUAACGUUCAGGAGCUCCUGCUGGAAACUUUACUAAAAGCGGUACAAAAGCUUGACAUUAAGGAAAACAAAGAUCACGGGGAUGACUAUGACGGCUCGGUAUCAGAUACGGCUGUGAUCGGGGAAUCUAGAGCGGUCACUUUGGCGACUACCGCUGGUGUCAGCGGUGGGGCAUCUCGAAUGCAAUUAUCAAAUCCGUCUCGGUUGACUGGAUUUCGCAAGUAUUUGGGGCUACGUUGGAUUGAGUACUUUUUGUUUCCUGGUGAAGAAACUGAGUUUUCACUGGGUGUUGCUCCGUCUACCGUCAUUGCAGCGCUGAGGCUGCUUUGCGCAUUACUUGGAAAUGCGCGCUAUGAGGCUGUUUUUAAGAAAGAGGGUUACUAUCGUCUCUUGGCUCAAGGUUUACCCUGCAAUCACGCAGUAUUCAGUCAUCUUGCGGUGGAGGAAGAUUUACGAUGUUUUCCGUUCCAAAAGAUGUGGUAUGCUCUAUUUGGUGCAGUGUUGGGGGCGCCCAUAGAUGGCGUGCCUCUUGAAAUACGCUUUGAAAGCGAAUACCUCUGCCGGGAUUUUGAAGCGAACAUCCAGAGAGAUCAUGUGGUAAACUCUAACAUGCUAAUUGUUAUUAUGGUUCUGCUCCGCCGUCACUACAAUGACCCUGUAGCAAUGGUAAACACGAUGGGAGAUUCAGCUGCUGAAGAUUUAUCAACGAUUCCAGCGACUGCGGUGAACGAGGAAAAUGUUUCACCAACUCGCCCAACUGAUCAAGGCAAUGUCUAUCACACUGAAGUGUUCGACUUUCUCCAACACAUAUUUGAAAAGAUGCCAAGCUUGCCCAGCUUGUUUCUUUCGGGGGGCGAAAAAAUGCCGCUGGAGUUCAUGGAAGAGUUGACUCGAUUAAUUUUCGCAGCUGCGAGGGCAUACUUAGUCGAGCAGUAUCCGCACUCCCAAGAGCACAUUACCAUUGUGUUACAGAACAAGCAAGUCGCGGUGAAUGAGUAUAACAUCGCGGUAGGUGAAGCUGAACUCGCAGAGGAAGCAGCUGCGUCGGACUCAAGUGGAAAUGAUCCCUUCUUGCACCACACGGUUGCAGCGCGUGGGUUGCGGCUCUUAAUCACAUUAUUGAUGAAGUUUUUGCUUGAUGCUCCAAACGGUCAGGAUCUUGUGGAAGAGUUCAUCGACGGCACGGCAAACGCAUCGGUUGUGCUACCACCACUGCACAAUGGGCUGCUUUUGCGUUUCCAAAGUCUUGUCGUCAUGGGCCUCCUGGAUCACAUUCGAGCAAAGUUUGCGGAUGAAGAAAUAUUAGCGAAGCACAAGCGCUUCGGGGUGAAUGUGCGCGAGUUUGUGAAAUUCGUGGUUGGGAAAAUGCACUGUUGGCAGCGUGCUCAGCACGGUGACGGCUGUCCAGCAGUGAUCGCGUGUUGUGGGCAAACGCACUUUAUUGGUGGACCAUCUCGAUUGUUGGAGCUUGUUCUCUUUAUUUUGGCUGAGGCAAACGCCGGACUUGCUGGUGCUAAUGGAAUGGGAUCUUCUUCUCCUGCGGCGCCACUAACACUCGGAGGAAUACUUUCUGAAACGCUAAGCAAAGGAAAGAAGAGGCGACCUCUCCGGCAGCUGAUGGGCCGCAUGACACGCUCAACAGAGCUUGAGAAUUUAUUCUCGGAGCUGUAUUCCGCUUUGAACGCUGUGAUUUUGCACGUUUUCCAUGGUCGAGGUGCCGAGGUCGGGGAUGUCGAACUGGAAGCCAUGCUCCAGCAGAUCCAUCUACACCGUGAAGUCGUGCUCGACUCACAAAAUAACCAGGACAAAAUUUUCCUGACGUGUUUUUGCCGGUAUUUACUACAGCUACUCGCUGACUCCAGUGUGGUUCGCCUUCAAGAAGUGGCAUCACAGCUCUGGGUAGAUCUCAUCCUGCUUCAGCGGGCUUUCAUGGAUGAUUUACUGACAGUUGAGAUUCGGAAAAGCGGCACACCUCCCUAUUCGGUAAAUUUGAUGAAAAACGGCUUCGACACGCUGUUGGAAUGUGCUACAAGAUCUAAGGGACUGCAAGAACAUGAAAUCGUGCAGUCGCCUUCGUUUGGCAGGUUUGCAAAGUGGCUCGAGCUUGUUGGCCCGCCUUUAAAAGAACUGGAGAGCAGCCUGGAUCGUGUAUAUAUCAAUGCUGUGAUGGAAAACAAGGAAAGCGUCCAUGAGAUAUGGGCGACAUACCACAAGAAAGCUGCACACCGAAGAAUUAAGUACGAAAAGCAGUUCGACGCACGAUGUGACUGGUUGGUUUCGAUGGAGAACGUCGAGUCCUUAUUGCGCAUACAACAAACAGAGUUCCGUCGCCAGCUUAAGUGGAGGCAAGACCGUGUAGAUCGCCAAAAGUUUAUUAUCGCAAACCGAAGCAGAUAUGAGCUGGUGCCGGCGACUAGUCACCAGUUCUCCUGGAGGUUGGAUUUCACAGAAGGUCCGUAUCGAAUGCGUAAAAGGCUUUCGCGAAUAGUUCAGGAAGCUAGCAACGACCUGCAACGACCUCGCCGCCGUAAUUCGGAGUCAGAUGUUAUCUUACACGCUGGCAGGUCUCGGGUGAAAUCAGCGACGAUAAAGAACCGCAUGACGCGGCAGCGCUCUGACGAAAGUGUGCCGGCCAAGCACCACUUAAUCGCCACGAAGAGAGCACUAUCCAGCGGCGGAUCGACCUCUGCGGUGCUGAGCUCGAGGGAGCAUCUGCGGAAGGGAUCAUUUGAAUCAUUAUUCAACAAAUACGUGAAGAAGGAGCGCCGUCCAUCCCGACGCGAAAGCUGGCGCUUUAGACGACUGUCAACUCGUCAGGAGAGUAUCCAUAAUGGCGAUGAAAGUGACGGUGAAGUAGAGGUCGGGGCAGGUGAGAAAAGUGGUGUCGAGAACUCAGUCAUUGCCGAGAGCGCUGCAAGUACCAGUAAUGUGGCGAUAGAAGAAGUUGUGGAUGAAAAGCUUCGGCCGCUUUUGGUACCCGGAGACGAGAUCACAGACAUCUACGAUUGCUUGAGAAUCGAUGGUAUGGAUUCUUGUCCAGGCGUAUUCUUGCUCUGCAAUGAUCACGUUUACAUCAUUGACAACUACCAGCGACUAAACCAGCAAUUACCUUCUCCACCUGGUAGCCUUGAGAACGAUUUUGCUCGACAAAGUUCACAGAUUCGAGUAACAGAGGUUCCGCUGGGAUCUACCACGUUGCUGGAACGUCGGCUAAGUUGGCGUUUGCAAGAGUCGCCCCAGCAUGUUCAUCAAACGGUAACAAGGUCAAAAGACAUCCACCAAUGCAGAUUUUGGGCUUAUGAAGACAUCACAGAGCUGCACAAGCGAAGGUAUCAGCUUCGCCACGUGGCGCUCGAGAUUUUUGCAAACGACGGCAGAAACUACCUGGUUACUCUCGAAUCACCCGAACAGCGUGAGCUGGUUUUCCAUGCGCUCUUGAACAAAUGCCCUAACGUCCAAGGUGCAGCCAGUGGUCUAGAUGGAGUGUCGUCGGGGGGCGAUUUGUAUUCCCAGUUGCGCAAAUUGCUGCGCAACACGAUGACCGAGCGCUGGGUGCAAGGGGACAUAUCUAAUUUCGCGUACCUCAUGCACCUCAACACCCUUGCUGGGAGAUCUUACAACGAUCUUACUCAGUACCCUGUGUUUCCCUGGGUGUUGGCUGAUUACGACUCGGAGAUUUUGGAUUUGAGCGACUCUGGUGUGUAUCGAGAUCUAAGGAAACCUAUGGGGGCAAUCCGUCGUGAAGAGGAGUUUCGCACCCGGUACGAAGGCCUGAUGGAAUCGGUUGGCACUGUUGACGGCGAUGAAUCCGCUGAUAAUCCGCUAGGGUCGCGACCAUUUCAUUAUGGUACACACUAUUCAUCAGCCGCCAUUACUCUUCACUAUCUGAUGCGCCUCGAGCCGUUUACGUCUCACUUCCGACGUCUUCAUGGUGGGAAGUACGACCAUGCUGACAGAUUGUUUACGAGUAUCGUUGGUGCUUGGAAAAGCGCAGCUGGUUUCGAAGGUGCUCAAAACGGCACUCAAGAUGUGAAGGAACUCAUUCCAGAGUUUUUCUACUUGCCGGAGUUUCUUGAAAACGUGAACGACCGUGCCUUUGGAACAAGCCAGACUGGCGUUGUUGUUGGUGAUGUGGAACUUCCGCCUUGGGCUAAUGGUUCACCCACGGAAUUCGUGCGGAUGAAUAGGGCGGCACUCGAAAGCCCAUACGUAUCGGCGAAUUUGCAUCAUUGGAUUGAUCUGAUCUUCGGCUUCAAGCAGCAGGGCCCAGCAGCGAUUGAAGCCUGCAACGUGUUCUACCACCUCACGUACGAAGGAUCAGUGGAUUUGGAUGCUAUCACGGACCCUUCGACUAAACGCGCAAUUCUACAGAUCACUGAGUUUGGCCAAACUCCAUCGCAGCUCUUUCGGACUCCGCAUCCCGUCAGAGCAGCUUCCGCCGUACCAGUAACAUCUAACAGUUCGUUUUUCGGAGGCUCAUUGGGGCCUUUAUCCGGAUCCACCAAUUGUCAAGUGGGGUCAACAGAAAACGGUAUUGAAACUGAUAGCAACAGAGCUGCGGCUUCUCCGGUGACUGCCCGGGUUGCUCUUGCGAGUUCCUUUCUAGAAGGAGGCGAGCUCAUUACGCGGAUGCAAACGAUGUUAUCUAGUGGUCCGGGGCUUAGCGGUACUUUUGUCGGAGCGACAGAAGCGAUCCCCUCUCCAGUUCUCGAGAACUCGGCCCUGCUCAAACAGGAAGUGCGACGACAAGUUCCUGUGAAUCCACUUCUUGCAUUCUAUCGACGUGGACAGCAAACUUCCAGCGCAGUGCCAAUUAGCAGCACUAGCAUUCGCCAUAUUGCAUGGUCAAGUGGUAGAGUUGGACGGGAGGACAGGGUCGCUGCUGUCGGCGUAAAGUGUCUUUUGAUUCCUCCACGCAACAAUGAAUAUCUCGCGUGGGGUUUCCAAGAUCGCUCGGUGAAGUUUAUUACCGCCGGUUCGACAGAUAUUGGUGGCCAUGGAGCCGACUCGAAGGUGGUUGCAUCCUUGGAACUGGAUGUAGAUAUCGAUGUGGCUACAAUCACGACUGAUGGUCGCAUUGUCAUCACCAGUAGCCCGGGUUUGCCUGUGCUGCGUUUGUGGAGAUUCAAUUCAAGCCGGCGCUCCUUGGCUGCAUCAAUUGCUGCCGCUUCAGGGACUUCAUCCGCGUCGGCUACGUCUUCUUCAGCUGCAGCGAUGGCGACAUCUUUAGCGGCAGCAUCAUCGUUGAGUGGUCCUCAUCGCCGUCGUACGUACACAACGAUGGGACUGUCCAGCACGCGCUCGCUUACGCUAAUAGGGACAGUUGGGACGCCUGCCCAUUGUCAGCGCAUAACGGCACUGCAGGCGAGUCGUGCGUACAGCAUUCUCGUGAGUGGUUGUGCCGGUGGCGUUGCCAUUCUGUGGGAUUUGAACCGCCGCAGGUUCAUCCGUCAGCUGCCGUCGAUAGAUGCUGUCACUGGUGCCAGAAGCAUUACGGCGAUAUGCAUCAAUGAAGUGACAGGCGACAUCGUCGUCGCUACUGGAUCCACGUUUGGGGUGUACAACAUCAAUGGAGCGCUCCGCGUGCGCCUGGACGACAGCGUUGUCAUCUUCCAGGACCCAACCGCACUCUCUCCGGUUUCCAUCACAUCGCUGGCGGUGAACCGCGGAGAAUCGUGCGAGUGGGGUGCCGAGAAGCACGUCGUGACCGGCCACGCUGACGGCACCCUCUGCAUCUGGGCGUAUUCCCAAGCUGGCGCUCGAGAUCAAACCCAACGCAGUCGGAAGAAGGACGACUGGAUUAUUGAGCUCCAGGGUCGCCACAAAGUGAUGCCAAACAGCGCCAUCACCGCGCUGUGCAUCACACCAGACAAGCGCAAGCUCUUCACUGGGACGCAAGACGGUCAACUGUCAGUGUGGACGGCUACUCUAUCCAACUCGUCUCCCACCUCCGUCCAUCGAUAAAU